GCCACGAUCGCUACCGUCUGCAAAACGACCGGAUAUCACUCAGCCUAGCAUUUUGCUGAUUUCCGCCUUUCUUACUCGACAGCCAUCAUGCCACCAAAAAAGGAUACUAAGGGCUCAUCGAAGCAACCUCAGAAAACCCAGAAGAAGAAGGAGGGUGGAUCUGGUGGAAAAGCCAAGAAGAAGAAGUGGUCCAAAGGAAAAGUACGUGACAAGUUGAACAAUCAGGUGCUUUUUGACAAGCCUACCUAUGAAAAGUUGCUGAAGGAAGUACCACAGUACAAACUGAUCACUCCCUCGAUCGUUAGUGAGAGGUUGAAGAUUAGGGGAUCCCUGGCGAGACGGGCGCUCAUAGAGCUUCAACAAAAAGGCUUGAUCAAGCAGGUCGUGCAGCAUCAUGCACAACUCAUCUAUACGCGUACUACUAAAGGAGACGAUCCAGCAGUGUAAAAUGAUUAAAUCAGUUUAAUAAAAAAUAUAAAAUUAA